AUGCUUUUCUCCUUUUCCCUCAACGACUCGCGCUGCCUCACUGCCUCCAAAGGCGAGCAACUCAUCGUCUUCCUCCACAAAUCGCCGCCCGAUUGGUACCUCUGCCAGAACGCCCACGGGCAGCGUGGAAUCAUUCCUCGAAAUCGUCUUCGCGUGUAUUAA